CAGAUUCUAAUCCCUGCUUUCCUCUCCUCGUUCUCCCGCUUUCCGUGCUUUCCCCUCCUGGUUCUCCUGCUUUCCCUGCUUUUCCUGCCACAGAGCGAGACGAUUCUGCUGGACUUGAAGCACCUUCUCCGAGAGGCCAAGCAGCGCAUCCCCCCCGUGCUGGCCUCCCUGGACGACCCCAUGGAGGACGCAGAGGCGCUCGCCGCCGCCUCUGGCGUGCGCGGGUGUGCCUUCUGUGGCGGGCUGGGCCAUCGCAUCAGCGAGUGCCCCAAGCUCGAGCACCAGAACACGCAGGCCAUCUCGGGCACACAAAAGGACUACCUGGGAUCGGGGGGGUAUGGAGGAGAGAUGAUCACGUCGUGCGCGAUCGACGAGCGCGACUGGUCGAGAAAUGGCGGUCGGAGUGGCGGAGGGGAGCGGAGGAGACCGCCGGCUGUGGGGGAAAAGGGGGAGGGUACCGGUGCGGAGGGGCGGAAUGCGAUUCGAGCGGGGCGGGAUGCUCUAGGGGAGAAGCGGAGUGCACUGGGGGAGGGGCGGAAUGGGGUGGCGGAGGGGCGGAGAUGGACCGCGCGGGAGGGGGAAAGAAGGGGCGGAGCGGAUGCAGUGGGGGGCGCAGUGUGGCGCAGAGGCGCAGUGGAGAAGCGGGAUACGGCACGGGGGAGGGGGGAGGCAGGGGGGAUGGAUGCGGCAGAGAGAAGAGGAGAUGAAGAGAGGCAGAGGAGGGUGAGAGAAGGCGAUGUGGAGGCAUGGGCAAAGGCAGAAGAGGAGAGAGGAGGAGGAGGGGCGCAAGGAGCGAGCAGCAGAAGCAGAGCGGACGCGCGGGAGGGUUUGUCGUGGGAGAGAGUUGGGAAUGAGGGGCUAAGAGCAAGGGGAGCAGAGGUGAGAGGAGGAGGAGGAGGAGGAGGAGGAGGAGGAGGAGGAGGGGCGCAAAGGGCGAGCAGCAGCAGGAGCCGGGUAGACGCGUGGGUGGCUCCCUCGUGGGAGAAGAGAGGGAAACGGGCGUGGUGGAUGGACGGCGAGGAUGGGGGGGACGGCGAGGAAGGGGGGAGUGGAGGGAGUGGAGGAGAUGGGAGGAUUGAAGCGGACGGGAGCACUGCAAGGGACGGGGGUAUGAGAGGGACUGAGGUGGAAGGUGGGAGAAGGGCGAGAGGGUUAGAUAGGGGUGGAGAAGGCAUGGAAGUGGAAGGAGUAGGAGUAGAGAGAAAGGGGGGAGAAGAGGUGUAUGCAUGGGAGGGCGCUGUAUCGUCAACCACAGUGACAGCAGCUGUUGGUGGGUCUUCCAGUGGUGCUGUGGUUGCUGAUACAGCAGUGGUAAGUGGAGUAUUGAUUGUGCUGUCACAAUCGCCAUCCACGGCAGCAGUCGGCGGGUCUACCGAUGGACCGUCCACAGCGGUAUUUCAGGAGCAAUCACAGUUCCCCGACAGAGCAGCAGGAGCAGCAGCGGCAGCAGCAGCAGCAGCAGCAGCAGCAGCAGCAGCAGCAGCAGCAGCAGCACAGCAAGUGGUGGUGGCGGUGAGUGUUGGCGAUCAACACACACGAGCACCAGCGGCAUCACCAGCACUAGACACAGCAGAGCCAGACGCAGCAAAAUCACACGCAGGAGUGGAAGCCGGAUCACGAGCACCAGCGGUAGCAUCGGCACUAGACACAGCAGAGCCAGGCACAGCAGAGUCAGGCAGAGCAGAAUCACACGCAGCAGAACGUGCUGAGAACCCGACUCGUGUCCCUGGCAGAGCUUCAAAGGGCGGCGGGCUGGCAGGGCAGUCACGCAGGCAGGAGGAGGAGCAGUGGCCGUGGGAGGAGAAGGAGGCAGAGAUCCCAGGCGCAGGGAUUACUAGUGUUGCUGAUGGCGAUGCGGGUGGUGAUGCUGAUGGCGAUGGUGAUGCUGGUGGUGGUGAUGGUGUUUCCAGUGUGACCAGGACCAGAGCGGCGGCCACUGACAGUAGCAGCACUAGGAGGAGCGGCAGGGAGAAAACUUCUUUCACCAGGGAUGGCAGCAGCAGCAGUACUAAUGCCCCUGUGGACUCUGCUAGAAUACCCAGGCUGGAAUUUUCAGGAAACGGUAUACCCUCCUUGCCGUCUCAAAGCAGCAGCAGCGGCGAUAGAAGCAGCAACAGCGGAAGCAGCCUGGAAGUUUCCCGGGACAGUCCCGUGGCGCUCGCGCUGCAGGAGAGGCGCAAGGUGGUGCGGGCGGCGCUGAUGUCAGCAUUCGAGGAGGUGAAACUGGGGAAGGUGUAUUCCAGGGAGCUUAUCAGGCACCUCCCUGCCUUCAUCGACCAUCUAGUUCUUCAGGCCGUUGCUCUCAAGGCCGAUCGGCAGGACGCCUUCCACUCCUUCGCCUAUAUCGACCCCCAAUUCCACCAUUACCGUUCUCCCCUUUCGCAGCUGCCCUCAAGUCCGAUACGCACUAUGCCUUCCACUCCUUCCCCCCAUUCUACUCACUACCCCCACGUUUGCUUUCCACCCGCCCCUCACCCCCCCCUCAAUCUCUCCCCACCCCAGGCGGUUGCCCUCAAGUCCGAUCCGCACUACGCAUUCCACUCCUUCCCCCACCGCGCGGCCAUCGCAGUGCACCGCUCUGCACCGCACCUGCUCGCGUGGUGGCUGAAGCAGACGGCCAAGCAGACCUUUGCCCGCACUGCCGCCCUCAUCACUCUCGCUGCCGCCAUGCAUUCUGUUUCUACUGAUGGAGCGGAUGCUGUUUCUGCUGUGGGGGGAAAUGCGGUUGCCAGAGGAGAUGGGCGGCGUGAGGGGGAGGAGCAGGAGCGGCGGAGUGGUGUGGUGUGGGUGCGGGAUUACAUCGAGUGGGUGCACCGAGCAGGGGUGAAGCAUGAUGUGGUGGGGCGCAUUGUCGUGCGCAACCCUGCCAUCCUCGCCACGCCCAUUCAUGACCUUCAGGCCCGAGUAGACUACCUGGUCGAUCAAGUGGGCGUGCGGAGAGAGUGGGUAGGAGUGGUGCUCAGCAAGGCGCCAGGCGUGCUGGUGGAUCCAUUUGAGAAGCUUCUAGGAAAGGGGCGGCUUCUGCAUGCUAUGCUUGAGCCGCUGGCAGCGCAGCAGCGGGAGCAGUGGGAGGAGCGGGAGCGGGAGAGGAGGGCGCGAGAGGCGGAAUGGGAGGAGGAGGCAAGGUUGAGAGAGUGGAGGGAGGAGAGGGAGGAAAGCGAGGAAAGCGAGGAGAGGGAGGGAAGGGAAGGAGAGGCAAUGGCAACAACCACAAUCUCAGCAGCAGGAGCAGCUGCAGCAGCAGACAGAAGAGCAGCAGCAGACGCAAGUUCAGCAUCACAGCAAAGAGCAGCAGCAGGAGAAUCAGAGUCGCUGGUUCUAUCUCUCCCUCCUCUGGCCACUCGAGACGUCCCCGCGUCCCUCCGCCUGCCAGACUCCUUCCAGCACCACCCGUCACCCAAGAGCGUCUGGGAGUUGGCCGGCACAGUGGUGUACAACCACCCUCACGUGAUGAGCGAAGAGGAUCUACCCAUGGAGGCAUUGCGGGCAAAGCUCGAAUUCUUCGCCUCGCUCCACAUCAAAGGGGUGGGCCUCGCUAGAGUCAUUGUACGCCGCCCGCAGCUGCUGAGCAGCUCACUGGACGCCACGUGGCAGCUGAUGAUUCGCUACCUCUCGCUGCUGGGGCUGACCAACACGCAGAUCGGGGAGAUGGUGGUGCGCCACCCAAAAGUGCUGCAGCUUACAGUGCAAGCAGACGUCUCGCCCAAGGUUCGUUUCCUCCGGCUGAUUGGAAUCCCUGAGGCAGACGUAGCUGGAGUGCUGCACCGCUUUCCACCCAUUCUCACCUACAGCCUCGACAAGAAGAUAAGACCACUGGUUCGGUUCCUCGUCACCGAAGCAGGAGUCCCGGACCACGAGGUUUGGAAAGUUGUGGUGGCUCGGCCGGACCUGGUGGCGUGCCAUCUGGACGACAGGCUUCGUCCGCUAGUGCGCUUUCUGCUAUCAAUGGGGGUAGUGAGGGAGGAUGUGGGGAGCAUGGUGGUGCAAUUCCCGCCCCUGCUCAAAUACAAUCCGGCUAUUCUGAAACCCAAGUGGCGGUAUUUCCAACGGUCCAUGCGCCUCACUGUCGACCAUUUGGUGGCCUUCCCACGAUUCUUCAGCUAUGCCCUGGACACGCGCAUUGCCCCCCGUCACCGCCUGCUGCAGCAGCAAGGGCUGUCGUUCAGCCUUAGACACAUGCUCUGCUGCUCUGAUGAGCUAUUCUUAGAGCGGGUUAAGUGGGCACUGGAGGGGAGAGGAGAGGGAGGUGGAGAGGGAAAUGAGGUGGAAGAGGGAGGGGAAGAGGAAGAAGGGGAGGAAGCAGAGGAGCGGGUGGAGGAAGAGGAGGAGGAUGGGGAAAGAAUGGUGGAGGGGAAGGGAGCAGGCUUAGGGUAG